UUUGGGGAACAUAAGACAUUGGCAUCGUCAUCGACAUUUUAAAGAGAUUUGGAAAUAUUUAUCUGAAGGAAUAAGACUGUUAACUAUGGCUCUCAGAGGUGCCUUCUCCCGUCUGCUUUCUACCACCCAGAAAUGUGCUUCCAUCACCGCGUCCAGAGCACAGGGCACAACCGCAGCAGUUCAGAAAGAUGAUCUAGAAGCCAGCCAGAAGCCAGCGAAAGCACCAAAAGUGGUGUUCAACUGGCGCGACGCCCUGGAACUGGACAGCCUGCUGACAGAGGAGGAGAUCAUGAUCCGUGACUCCUUCCGUACCUACUGCCAGGAGAAGCUCAUGACCCGCAUUCUGAUGGCCAACAGACACGAGCACUUUCACCGGGAGAUUGUCAACGAGAUGGGAGAGCUGGGAGUUCUCGGCCCGACAAUCCAAGGCUAUGGGUGUGCGGGUACCAGCUAUGUAGCAUACGGGCUGAUCGCCAGGGAGGUGGAGAGGGUGGACAGCGGCUACCGGUCGGUGAUGAGCGUCCAGUCCUCCCUGGUCAUGCACCCCAUCAACGCCUACGGGACAGAAGCCCAGAGAGAGAAGUACCUGCCCAGGCUUGCUAGAGGAGAGAUCCUAGGCUGUUUCGGCCUUACGGAGCCUAACCAUGGCAGCGACCCUUCGGGCAUGGAGACCAAGGCCAAGUACAACCCCUCCAGUGACACCUUCUCCAUCAGUGGAGCUAAGACAUGGAUCACCAACUCCCCUGAGGCGGACAUCGCCGUGGUCUGGGCCAAGUGCGAGGACGGCCGUGUGCGUGGGUUCAUCCUGGAGCGCGGCAUGAAGGGGCUGGCCAUGCCCAAGAUCGAGGGCAAGUUCUCCCUGAGGGCGUCGGCCACCGGUAUGAUCCUGAUGGACGAGGUGGAGGUUCCCCAGGAGAACUUGCUGCCCAACGUUUCCGGACUGGCCGGUCCAUUUGGCUGUCUGAACAACGCUCGCUAUGGGAUCGCCUGGGGAGCCCUUGGUGCUGCAGAGUUCUGCUUCCACGCUGCCCGUCAGUACACACUGGACAGAAUCCAGUUUGGCGUGCCGCUGGCCAGGAACCAGCUCAUGCAGAAGAAGAUGGCCGACAUGUUGACGGAGAUCACCCUCGGCCUGCAUUCUUGUCUGGCCCUGGGCAGACUCAUUGAUGAGAAGAAAGCGGCCCCAGAGAUGAUCUCCAUGCUGAAGAGGAACAGCUGUGGCAAGGCCCUCGACAUCGCCCGCCAGGCCAGAGACAUGCUGGGGGGCAACGGGAUAGCUGACGAGUAUCACAUCAUCCGCCACGUCAUGAACCUGGAGGCCGUCAACACGUAUGAGGGAACUCACGACAUCCACGCCUUGAUUCUGGGUAGAGCAAUCACUGGACUACAGUCUUUCACAGUGGAAAAGUAAAAUAAUAUAUGCAUAACAACAGAUUAGAAGUGGACUGGAUAGCCAUUGGCACCACCUAACUAAUCUGCCUCUUGAGAAGUUAUCUUCCAUAGUGUGCUGUUUCUGAAGGAACUCCUAAGUAUUGUGUCCUCCUAGUAAGACUGUUAUAGGACCCCCCGCCCCCUCCUCCCCCCAAACAAAACUCUGGGUCCAAAUGUGAGACAGGGUUUCUCUGCUCAUGUAGCUCUGUGAUAUGGAACCCUGAGGUGUACUGUUGGUUGAUGCUAGGAGCUUCCUUUCAGGUAUGUGUGUAUGUAGGAUGUGCAACAUUGGGAUUAGGUAUUCAAGUAUUUCAUGUCGUUUGGAUUCGCUGUGCUGGACUUGAAUGAAUGGGCGGAUGUAUGGUGAGUUCAGAAUUCAAUCCCAUUACAGAAUAAACAUUAAAAUGAGGAAUGAGUGUUUAAUGUUUUUACGAUGUGUUUGGUCUCAUAUGUAAUUGCUGCUUGAGUCGUAAAAAUAUAUAAUUAUUUUGAUAUUAUUCGCAAAAUAUAUAACUUUUUAAUGUUAAUUAGAUUAUGGUAAUUAUGGCAUUUUACAAAUACUGUCUUUACACCUCAAACACUAAGUGAUUUGAUAUCUAUAGAUUUACAUUCAUGUCAUGUGACUCUUACACUGUAAACAAAUCUGUACAUAAAUAAACCUUAUUUUCAAA